GAUUUUGUUUCGCACUUCGUCGGCCCAACCGUUCCUCCCAAAGAGCUCCCGUCUCUCUGGCGAUCUCUACGCUUCCUUAAAACCCAUCUCUCGUCUCGCUUCCAGUAAUCGUAGGGUUUCUAUUCCCAUCGAAGAAGAGAACCGAAAGUUUCGAUUCGAGGGGCAAUCGACAUAGGUUAGAAGAAGUGAGUAUAAGCGAUGCUGAUCCCCUUGCCGCGGUUGACGAGCUCUUUCAGAGGUCCCUACGACGUCGACGAGGCGUACCUCCGCCGUAAGAGGAUCCUAGAGAGCCUAAAAUCGAGAAGGACUAACGAUGAGCCGGAACUUGCAAGAAAGCUGAUUCCUCGCUGGGAUGAAGCUUCAGAUGCAUUGCGCCAAACAUACAGACAAUAUGUUGGUUCUGUUAUUGAGUUGAUAAAUGGUGAGGUGACCUCUGAGGAAUUUCGGGAAGUGGCAAAAUCUGCUUAUGAUCUUUUUGGUCACCCUGACAUCGAUAGUAGUAUCACUAAGAUCAUCCAAGAGAAAAAAAUCGAGUUGCAACAACUUGUUGGUUAUAAUAUUCAAGAUACAGUCCUACUGAAAGUGGCUUCUCUAGCUCAGAGGAUUUAUGCUCUUCAGAAUACUUCCAGUGAAGCUGUAAUUGGCCAGGAUUUAGGGGCAGAUGAACAUGGAGACAAUCGUGGCGAGUUUGGCUCAAACCUUAGUUUCCAUGCUCCAUCUCGCUUUAUUGUCGAUGUGCCAUUGGAAAAUGGUGCAUCCUUGACAAGUGAUUUUCAAUUUAAGACUGCUUCAUUUGAUGCCAAUCGUAAUGGUCACAUGGCGUAUAUUGAUCAUAAUUUAACUGCUGACCUAAAAACUAUCAAUUUAAGAUGGCUGAAGGAUGCAUGUGAUCUCAUUGUAAAGAAUGGUGCAUCACAGCUAUCUGGAGACGAACUUGCUAUGGCCUUAUGCCGGGUGCUUCUAUCUGAUAAAGCUGGUGAUGAGAUAGCUGGUGAUCUUCUGGACCUUGUCGGCGAUGGUGCCUUUGAAACAGUACAAGAUCUAUUGUCGCAUCGCAAAGAACUUGUUGAAGCCAUUCAGCAUGGAUUACUUAUGUUGAAGUCUGAGAAAAUGUCUUCAAACAGUCAACCUAAGAUGCCUAGUUAUGGCACCCAGGUUACUAUAAAAACUGAAUCUGAAAGGCAAAUUGAUAAACUUCGUCGCAAGGAGGAGAAACGUAAUAAACGGGUGGGAGAAUAUGGAGGGACACUUGAUUUUCCUGUUGAAAGCUUUUCUUCUCUUCUUUUGGCAAGUGAGAAGAAACAACCUUUUGAUGACUUAAUUGGAGCUGGUCAAGGGAUCAAUUCUAUUUUGGUCAGUGCUCUUCCUCAAGGAACUACAAGAUCACAUCGUAGUGGCUAUGAAGAAGUUAGAAUUCCACCCACUCCAACUGCUGCUAUGAGACCUGAUGAGAAGCUGAUUGAAAUUAAAGAACUGGAUGAUUUUGCUCAAGCUGCUUUCCGUGGAUACAAAUCCUUGAACCGCAUCCAGAGUCGUAUAUACCAAACAACAUAUCAUACAAAUGAAAACAUUCUUGUUUGUGCACCAACAGGUGCUGGAAAGACGAACAUUGCUAUGAUAGCUAUUCUCCAUGAGAUCAAACAAAACUUCAAGGAUGGAUUUUUGCACAAAGAUGAAUUCAAAAUAGUAUAUGUGGCUCCAAUGAAGGCUUUGGCAGCAGAGGUGACUGCCACAUUCAGUCACCGGUUAUCUCCCCUAAACCUGGUUGUAAAAGAACUUACUGGAGACAUGCAAUUGUCAAAGAAUGAGCUAGAAGAGACUCAGAUGAUAGUGACGACGCCUGAGAAAUGGGAUGUUAUUACUCGCAAAAGCAGUGAUAUGUCAUUGUCAAUGCUGGUUAAGCUCUUAAUUAUUGAUGAAGUACAUCUGCUGAAUGAUGACAGAGGCUCAGUAAUAGAAGCUCUUGUUGCUCGAACCCUCCGACAAGUUGAGUCAACACAAUCAAUGAUACGUAUUGUGGGUUUAUCUGCCACCUUACCGAAUUAUUUAGAGGUUGCACAGUUUUUACAUGUAAAUCCAGAAAGUGGACUGUUCUUUUUUGAUUCAAGCUAUCGUCCAGUUCCCCUAUCUCAACAGUAUAUUGGGAUCAGUGAGAAAGAUUAUUCUAAAAAGAAUCUUCUAUUCAAUUCGAUAUGCUAUGACAAGGUCUUGGACUCGAUAAAGCAAGGACAUCAAGCAAUGGUUUUUGUUCAUUCACGCAAGGACACUGGGAAAACUGCAAGAACUUUGAUUGAGUUAGCGUUAAAGGCUGGUGACUUGGAGUUAUUUAUGAAUGAUAAACAUCCUCAAUUUCCUUUGGUCAAGAAAGAAGUUACUAAAUCCAGAAAUCGAGAACUUGUUGAGUUAUUUGAAUCUGGCUUUGGUAUUCAUCAUGCUGGUAUGCUUCGUUCGGAUAGAGCCCUGACUGAGCGUCUUUUCUCUGAUGGUCUACUUAAAGUUCUUGUAUGUACUGCAACUUUGGCGUGGGGAGUAAAUUUGCCAGCUCAUACAGUAAUUAUCAAGGGCACACAACUGUAUGAUCCUAAGGCUGGUGGAUGGCGGGACUUGGGUAUGCUUGAUGUCAUGCAGAUCUUUGGUCGUGCUGGGAGACCACAGUUUGACAAGAGUGGUGAAGGCAUCAUACUUACAACUCAUGACAAACUGGCUUAUUAUUUGAGAUUGUUGACAAGCCAACUCCCAAUAGAAAGUCAGUUUAUUAGCUCAAUGAAGGAUAACUUGAAUGCUGAGGUAGCAUUAGGAACCGUAACAAAUGUCAAAGAAGCUUGUGCUUGGCUUGGUUAUACGUAUUUAUUUAUACGGAUGAAGACGAAUCCUCUGGUGUAUGGAAUAUCAUGGGAUGAGGUCAUUGGUGAUCCUUCUUUAGCCUCCAAGCAAAGGUCUCUUAUAAUUGACGCUGCACGUGCUCUUGACAAAGCAAAAAUGAUGCGCUUUGAUGAGAAAAGUGGCAAUUUCUACUGCACAGAGCUUGGCCGCAUAGCCAGCCACUUUUACCUUCAGUAUUCCAGUGUUGAGACUUACAAUGAGAUGCUUAGGCGCCACAUGAGCGACAGUGAAGUUAUUAAUAUGGUAGCCCAUUCUUCUGAAUUUGAGAACAUUGUUGUUAGAGAGGAGGAACAGGACGAACUGGAAAAUCUAUCCAAAAUGUCAUGCCCAUUGGAAAUAAAAGGUGGAACAACUGACAAGCAUGGAAAAAUUUCAAUCCUUAUUCAGGUGUACAUUUCACAUGGUUCAAUUGAGAGCUUCUCUCUAAUCUCAGAUGCUGCAUAUAUUAGUGCAAGCCUGGGUCGCAUUAUGCGUGCUCUAUUUGAGAUUUGUUUGCGGAGGGGAUGGUGCGAAAUGUCAUCUUUCAUGUUGCAAUAUUGCAAGGCUGUUGAUCGACAAAUUUGGCCUUAUCAACAUCCACUUAGACAGUUUGACCGAGAGCUUUCAGCAGAAGUAUUGAGAAAACUUGAAGAAAGAGGCACAGACUUGGACCGUCUAUAUGAGAUGGAAGAGAAAGAUAUUGGCGCUUUAAUUCGUUAUGCUCCUGGUGGAAAGUUGGUCAAGCAAUUCCUGGGUUACUUUCCGAGCAUCAGUUUAUCUGCUACUGUUAGCCCAAUUACCAGAACAGUUUUAAAGGUAGAUCUGCUUAUAACUCCAGACUUUGUUUGGAAGGACCGGUUUCAUGGUACUGCUGAGCGCUGGUGGAUCCUUGUUGAGGAUUCAGAGAAUGACCACAUUUACCAUUCAGAACUCUUUAUAUUGACAAAGAAAAUGGCAAGGGCUGAACCACAGAAGAUUUCAUUUACUAUUCCAAUAUUUGAACCACAUCCACCACAGUACUACAUUCGUGCUGUGUCUGAUUCUUGGUUGUAUGCUGAGUCACUUUAUACUGUAUCCUUCCAUAAUCUUACACUGCCAGAGACACAAGUAUCACACACAGAACUUCUAGAUCUGAAACCUCUUCCUGUAAGUUCUCUUGGAAACGAAGCUUAUGAAAACCUGUACAAUUUUUCACACUUCAAUCCAAUCCAAACUCAGUCUUUCCAUGUCCUAAACCACUUGGAUGACAAUGUUCUCUUGGGAGCUCCAACUGGUAGUGGAAAGACCAUAUCAGCUGAGCUUGCGAUGCUGCAUUUAUUCAACACUCAACCAGAUAUGAAGGUGGUCUACAUAGCUCCUCUCAAGGCAAUUGUUCGAGAAAGAAUGAAUGACUGGAAGAAACGUCUUGUCUCCCAGCUUGGGAAGAAAAUGGUUGAGAUGACUGGCGACUUCACUCCAGAUCUUAUGGCACUAUUGUCGGCUGAUAUUAUUAUUUCUACUCCUGAAAAAUGGGAUGGGAUUAGUCGCAGCUGGCAAAGUCGCAGUUAUGUAAUGAAGGUCGGGCUAAUGAUAUUGGAUGAAAUACAUUUAUUGGGAGCUGAUCGAGGACCUAUUCUUGAGGUCAUUGUUUCUAGGAUGCGAUACAUUUCCUCACAAACAGAGCGCUCAGUACGCUUUGUUGGUCUGUCAACAGCAUUAGCAAAUGCUCGUGAUUUGGCUGACUGGUUGGGUAUUGGAGAGAAUGGUCUAUUCAAUUUCAAACCUAGUGUCCGGCCUGUACCUCUUGAAGUUCACAUUCAGGGUUAUCCUGGCAAGUUUUACUGUCCGAGGAUGAAUAGCAUGAACAAACCUGCCUAUGCUGCCAUAUGUACCCAUUCACCUGCAAAACCUGUUCUUAUUUUUGUCUCCUCACGCCGUCAGACAAGACUUACUGCACUUGAUCUCAUCCAGCUUGCAGCAUCAGAUGAAAGUCCAAGGCAAUUUCUUAAUAUUCCAGAAGCAUCCCUUGAAAUGGUUCUUUCACAAAUCACUGACAACAACUUAAGACAUACACUACGGUUUGGAAUUGGACUGCACCAUGCAGGACUCAAUGACCGAGACCGAUCAUUGGUUGAAGAACUUUUUUCUAAUAACAAGAUUCAGAUACUUGUAUGUACAAGCACAUUAGCAUGGGGUGUGAAUCUUCCUGCCCAUCUGGUCAUCAUUAAGGGUACUGAAUACUAUGAUGGAAAAGCAAAGAGAUAUGUUGAUUUCCCUAUUACUGAUAUUUUGCAAAUGAUGGGCCGUGCCGGUCGUCCACAAUAUGAUCAGCAUGGAAAGGCUGUAAUUCUGGUUCAUGAACCAAAAAAGAGCUUCUAUAAGAAGUUUCUUUAUGAACCAUUCCCUGUUGAAAGUAAUCUGAGGGAACAUUUGCACAACCAUAUUAACGCUGAGGUUGUUUCGGGCACAAUCAGUCAUAAGGAGGAUGCAGUACAUUAUCUAACUUGGACUUACCUAUUUCGUCGACUGGUUAGGAAUCCAUCUUAUUAUGGACUAGAAGAUACUGAAGCCAGUACUUUGAAUUCUUAUCUCUCAAGGUUAAUGCAAGAUACAUUUGAGGACCUUGAGGAUAGUGGGUGCAUUAAGAUGAAUGAAAAUUCUGUGGAGCCUUUGAUGUUGGGCUCCAUAGCAUCUCAAUAUUACCUGAGCUAUAUGACAGUGUCAAUGUUUGGGUCAAACAUAGGUCCCAGUACUUCACUUGAAGUGUUUUUGCAUAUUCUUUCUGCUGCUUCUGAAUUUGAUGAGCUUCCUGUACGACAUAACGAGGAAAAUAUCAAUAAAACACUAGCUGAAAAGGUGCCACACAUGGUGGAUGAACACCACCUUGAUGAUCCACAUGUGAAAGCAAAUUUACUCUUUCAGGCACAUUUCUCUCGAAUAGAAUUGCCAGUCACUGACUAUGUCACAGACUUAAAAUCUGUUCUUGAUCAAAGUAUACGCAUCAUACAAGCAAUGAUAGAUAUAUGUGCCAACAGUGGAUGGCUCUCAAGCACAAUGACUUGUAUGCAUCUUUUGCAGAUGGUCAUGCAGGGUUUAUGGUUUGGAAAAGAUUCAUCGUUGUGGAUGUUACCAUGCAUGAAUGAGGAUAUUCUGAACCAUCUGAACAACAUAGGCAUCUUGUCAUUACAAGACCUAUUGGAACUUCCUAAAGCAAAGUUCCAGCAAAUGCUCCAAAGAUAUCCUGCCUCAGAGUUGUAUCAGGAUAUGCAGUAUUUUCCACGUGUCAGAGUGAAAUUGAAGCUUCACACUGGAGAUGAUAAUGCAUCAAAGUCUGCGGUUCUUAACAUCAGACUUGAAAAGGCAAAUUCUAAGCAUUCUACAGUGAGAGCUUUUGUCCCUCGAUACCCGAAGGUCAAAGAUGAAGCAUGGUGGUUAGUUCUUGGUAAUGCCACUACGUCAGAAUUAUAUGCUCUGAAAAGAAUUAGUUUCUCAGAUCAGAUGGUCACUCGUAUGGCGUUACCACCAACGGUGACCAAUCUUCAGGAUACAAAGCUGUUUUUAGUAUCAGAUUGUUAUCUUGGAUUUGAGCAGGAAUACUCCAUCAGCUAAAUAUCCUUCCUCACCAUGGGCUACUUGGCGUGAAGAUCUAGCAGAAGAAAGUGAGUUAUAUAUACACAUAAUAUGGGUUUCACCACUAGUUGGUAAAGCAUCCCAGCGAGAAAUGGUGACUCUUAUCUCUAUGAUUAAAGUAGAUCUCGGGAUGAAGCCUCUGUUCUUGGCGAUGGUGUGUAAGAUUUUGAAGGGUUUGUCCUCCCUUGAUGAGUACUAAAAUGGUCCAAAGGGUAAGUCCCCUGGCAAUUCAUAAUUUGUUUAUGGUUGUAAAGCUUAAUUUUGAGCUACCAAAUGCAUCUCCAAACUGAGGAGUCAUAUCUACGUUAGGAUCUGAUGGAGAAUCAUUACGUCCUAACAUGAAUUAUGGACGACGACCGUAAGAACACGAGUCUUGCGUCACUUUGUAAAGACUCGUAUUUUUAGAGAACCAGCCUUGAUAGUGAAGAGACGUGAAUGCAGUCUCUCGGGCAUCAUAAAGCUGUCUGGAACGCACAACGAUGUUAUUUAAAUCAGCCUUAAUAUCUCAAUCUUCAAUUCCUAUACAUUUAUUUUGCG